CUGCGCGGCCAAGCGUCUCCAUCGCAGCUCCCUCGAGCUUGGAUGCAUCCGUGGGUUUAGCGGCCUCCCCCCCCUCGCCAUUUCUGCAGCCGCGACUGUUCAAAUCAUCGGGGCGCAUCGCCAGUGCAAGGGCAUAGGCUUGUCGACAGGUGGCAGGCAUAUCCAAGCGGCCUCGCGUGCAGGGGCCGCGGCCCGGGAGUGUUCGCCCUUGCGACGUUGUCCCCGUCGGCGGCCGCCUCCAUGACGGCUCCGACAUGUUAGCAUCGAUGUCGACAGCGCUGACGAUGGCUCUCAGCAGCAAUGAUAUUCUCGCAUUCGCUUCUGCAGAGAAGAACACGAAGGAUCGCGCUGGCACUCAGCGCGCCCGCUUGGGCAGCAUGUGUUCUGGAUCUGGCGUGGGGGGCCUCGCAUUGCACAAAUGUGCGGAGUGCCAAUCCCGCUCCGAGGGAAACCUCGUCGAGUUCGAAUGUAGUUCUCCGUGCGAGAUUGAUCGCCACAAAGCCGAUUGGUUAAAGCAUUUGGAUCUGGCCCCGCUCGUUUUCGAGGACAUCACCCAGAUGGGCCUAGAACAGCGCUGCGAUUGGACCAGUGAGAGUUCACCGCCAAUCCCUGAUGUGCAGGUCGUGCUCUUGUGGUUCUCUUGCAAAGACCUGAGCAUAUAUAAUAUACCAAAUGCUGCCCCUCGCGCAAAAGCUGAUGAGCAAACUAGGUCAUGCAUUCUUCGCUUCGGACACCAUGGCCCCCACGAUGUUAGGCGCUGCGAAUAUGAAACCACGCGUGUAUUUCGGGGGGCGCCGCCGCAGCUCGCUAGGGCCCUCUGGAGGCGACUAUGCCGCGGACGUCCUCGCGUCGAUAACGUUUGAUGUGCAGUUUCACGGAAGAGCAGCCCAUGCCGCUGAGCUCUUUUUUGCUGGAUGCAGGAAGCUCUUAUUUCAAGGCUUUCGAGGCGGCGCAGCAAACUAGUGCCGCCGGAGGGGGCUGGGGGACCAAGCGCUGCAAGGCCUUUGGGGCGUGGGGGUUCCAGCGACCGCCCGCGCAAGAUCUCGCGGACUUCGCUUCCGAGGCCGCCCCGUUGAUGAAGGCAUGAUUUUUGUCGCAACCGAGGCGGUCCCAGGAGGUGGCGCACUAUGCUAGUUUGGUCGCCUCCCAGCGCGGAGAGGAAGUCACGGUGGGCCCCUCGCAGAACAUCGACCGGGUGCAUUGCAGCACGACGUCCGAAAAGCUGCGUGUUGCGACAUUCACGGAGGGUAGCAUCACUUGGUGCACGCGGUCUCGUCGCUUCCUGAGUGGCCGAGAGCGUUUGGCAAUGCACGGCGUCAGCAUGCGCAGCAUGACAUCACACGCUCCCGAUUUGCUCUUGGCAAGCUUCGCUGGGAAUUCCUUCAGUGCCACUUGCUUUCUAGCAGCGUUCGCGGGUGGUUUUCGGCCGUGGCCUGUAUAUUUCAUUCGGCGGCCGCGGUCUACAGGCACGCAGACAGGCGCGUGGCCAUUGUCGUUUUUAUCUUGGUCGUUUGACCUGCGCCCGCCCUGGGGCCGCCCCAGAAACAAUCCGAAUGAGAGGGGGGAGCUGGCCGAUGGAGACGCCCCAGCGCUGCCUUGGAGUGUUUCGGCUUGUUCUUGCCCUCGCCUCGGGCUGUCGUCGGCGAUCUGACGCAGGCCCGCGCGGCCGUGAGCAGACGUUGAGGCUUCGCACAAUGCUUGGACAUGCGUUGGCGCAUGCCUAGGCAUCACUGGGCCCCGCCGCGGGCCUCUUGCAUUCGCGCAUGGCCUUGCGUGGCCUAGGCCCAACGGCGGAACGCGGGCCACUUGAAUUCGCAAAUGGCCAUGCGUGGCCUUGGCCUCAACGCGGGCCACUUGAAUUCGCAAGUGGCCUCGCGUGGCCUGGGCCGAAGCGCUUGCGCGGACAGGGAUCGCUGUUUGUUUUCGCGCUAACUUGGCGGGGGCCCCAUCGCGGGCCAUUUGACUUCACAGAUGGCCUUGCGCGACCUAGGCUCUAACGCUGGGCGCGGGCCAUUUGCAUUUACAAAUGGCCUCGUGCGGCUUGGGCCCCAGCGCGGGCCACUUGGAUUCGCAAGUGGCCUCGCGCGCCUUGGGCCCCAUUGCGGAUCCUGGGUCAUUUUGAUUCAAAAGGUUUCGCGCGCCCUGGGCCCCAAUGCGGGCCAUUUGAAUUCGCGUCUGGCUUCGCGUUGCCUGGGCCCCAACGCGGAGCGCGGGCCACUUGGAUUCGCGAGUGGCCUCGUGCGGCCUGGGCCCCAACGCGGGCCAUCUGAAUUCACGAAUGGCCCUGCGUGUCCUGGGCCCCGCCGCGGGCCGCCUGAAUUCCCAAAUGGCAUCGCGUGGCCUUGACCAGUGCGCGGGCCACUUGAAUUCAAGUGGCUGCUAUUGGCAAGUAUCAGCAAUGAUACCUGUGACAUCUGUGGGACCGUGCUCCCUCAGGCAAGCGCGCGUUGCUUCAGCAGUCGCAUCGCAAAUUGGGAGCGGCCCGAAGGUUUGGGGAAUGCCAGCCCAUCCUCGGGAUCCGCAAUCCUUCGGGGCUUCCAGGUUCAUUCUGGUGGUGCCGGGUGCCAGGUGCACUGGUCAUUUUUCCUCCGUGGACCUCUUGUAAGUGC